ACGAUACCCCCCCAAAUGGAAUCGAUGGUCGCUGCUUUCAAAUCAAGCACUCUCACUGUGUAUUUCUUUCAGCGCUUUCGCUCUUCUUCGUCCUCCUGCUACGAUGGAAUCCGACCGCCAUACUUGCCUCAAGCUUGAGCUCCCGUCCGGCCAUGGCCCCAUCUUCGUCAAGGGCACCUGGUUCAACUCCCACUUCCACCUCUUCAUCACCGAUGGCCUCCACGCUUGGACCUGCCACGCGACGGAGGCGGAGGUGAGGCUUCGGGCGGAGCAGUGGGAUCAACCCGUGUCGGACUACCUCGCCCUCGUCGAGCGCUACCUAGGGCUUCAGCAGCCCGGCUCUUGCUAUGCUUUUGAGGAUGCCGGCAAUGGCAGCCGAAGAUUGUCAUGGACAUUUGAAAAACAAGGUACUAAGUUGGAGUGGCGAUGGAAGUGCCAACCAUCAUCUGAUGAUAAGCAAACAACAGCUCAAAUAUUGGAUUUUCUUAUGGAUGCGAAUAUACACUUGAGUGAUGAGGUAGUUAGAAAUUCUCAGGCCUUUGCAAAGUUAAAAUCAGAAGCUGAGAGAUGUUUAUCGCUUAGCGAGAAGUAUAACAAGGAGAAAGACGCAUAUGAAACCGCUGUCUAUGGGAAGUUUGUUGCAGUCCUAAACUCAAAGAAAGCCAAAUUGAGAGCUCUUAGAGAUAAGAUUUCAAAAUUGGAAGGUAGUAUGAAAGCUCCAGCUGAAGACAAUGAGUCUACUGAUAAAACUGAGAGCUUUGAUGAAGAAAGCAGUGAUGAUCAAAUCAAGGAGGAACCUGCUGAAAAAUCAUAUGAUGAUGUUCUUAUUAUUUCCAAGAAAAAUGUUGCUACUUCAACCCAGAAUGUUCGAAAGAGAAAAACCAGAAAAUAGUGUCACAGUACGUCAAAAUCUACAAGUGAAGAAAUAGUCUUUUCUUUUUCUAAUUUUUAAUUCAGUGAUGUAAUUAAGUUCUUGUUCCCAUAAAUUUAUUUCUGAUCAAAAUAUGAACUCAGUUGCCUCAACUAAGAAACAGUCCGUUUUAUUAUU